AUGAAUUUGCUCCUUCUCCUCGUCCUGCUGGCCCUGUGCCAGCCUGCACACGGCAUGCGGGGCAACUGUGGAGGGACCUGCGGGCUCCGGCCCAUGGUGUCUCACUAUGGCCCAUCGCGCAUCGUGGGUGGCACGGGUGCCCAGCCAGGGGCCUGGCCCUGGAUUGUCAGCAUCCAGAAACGCUGGAAAGCAGGCAGAGAGCACGUAUGUGGAGGGACACUCGUCAGCCCGCAGUGGGUCCUCACAGCAGCCCACUGCUUCAGGAGGGCCAGGAACAUGACAACGUGGCGCGUGGUGAUCGGGGCCACCCGUUUGACUCGGCUGGGCCCUGAGACCCAAGUGCGCCGUAUUAAGCAGCUGGUGGUUCACAAACACUACUGUAACGUCACGCAGAAAAAUGACAUCGCCUUGCUGGAACUGGACCAGCCUGUCCAGUGCAGCUACCACGUACAGCUGGCUUGUGUGCCUGACACCUCACUCAGGGUGUCAGAGCUGAAAGCCUGCUACAUCAGUGGUUGGGGUGCCACGAAGGCAAGAUCUGGAGGAUCGCGUGCUGUCCUGCGGGAGGCCGAGGUCCCCCUCAUCGAUGCCAAGCUCUGCAACAGCAGCCGCUGGUACAGAGGGGCCAUCCACCCCCACAACGUGUGUGCCGGCUAUCCCUGGCUGGUGGGGGUGACCAGCUGGGGGACAGGCUGCGCGAGAGCCAAGCGGCCCGGAGUCUACACCUCCACACAGCACUUCUAUGACUGGAUCCUGGCGCAUAUGGGACUGCACCCACCAAUAAGGCCUACUCCAACAGUGGAGGCGUGGAGUCAUUUUCUCACCACCUCAACCCCUGUGCAGACGCCAAGGCCGAUACCAACACAGCCGGGCAGGUUGAGCUCCUGCCCGUUUCCGUCGCAGAAGCUGGUGGAGUUCUUUACUCAGCUGCAGGAGCUCCUGGUGGAGUUCUUUACUCGGGCGCAGGAGCUCCUGCAGGUCCUAAGGGGGAAACGGCCUUGA